UUUGGGCUGGUCUCUGCUGCCCCCAAGCGGCCCUUCUCGGUACUGCAAGAGUGAGAGGUGGGAGAGGAGCAUCAGCCACCAGCCAUCAUUGAUUGGGAGGAUCAGUUUGGGGGAGACACCCGGUGCAGGCGGCUGAGCGAAAAGGGGAGCACUAAGACCCAGGGGUAGUGGAAGACUGCAGCAACGAGCUGGAAAAGGAGGAGCAGUAGGCGGUGGGGGGUGGGGUGGGGUGGGCGCCAUUUGGUAUCUUGGUAGCAUCGGAAACAGCAUCUGCCGUGACGGCAGAAAUGGCCAGUCAAUCGCAGGGUAUCCAGCAGCUCCUGCAAGCCGAGAAACGGGCGGCUGAGAAGGUGGCAGAUGCCAGAAAGAGGAAGGCCCGGCGUCUGAAGCAGGCAAAGGAGGAGGCACAGAUGGAAGUGGAGCAGUACCGCAGAGAGCGAGAGCAGGAAUUCCAGAGCAAGCAGCAGGCGGCCAUGGGCUCCCAGGGGAACCUGUCCACCGAAGUGGAGCAGGCUACAAGGCGCCAGGUGCAGGGCAUGCAGAGCUCCCAGCAGAAAAACCGUGAACGUGUCCUGGCCCAGCUUCUUGGCAUGGUCUGCGACGUCAGGCCCCAGGUCCACCCCAACUACCGGAUUGCUGCCUAGGACCCACCCUGGGGCCUGACUCCUACUGCCAGUUCCCUCCCUCAAAGAAGUCUCCAAAUCAGAAUCACCUCCCACCAUAAAAGUCCCACUCUCCUUUCCAUUCCCUAGAAAUUCUAGGAGGCAGGACCCAAUAAUUCUCCUGUGAAAUUUAUAGGCAUUCUACUCAGACCUGAAUCUCCUUAUUUAUUUAUAUAUUUAUUUAUUUAUUAACUUUUAUAGGACCUUGUAAACACCUAAGUUACCCUCACCCAACCCCUCUGUGAAAUUUGUAGCAUGAAGAAGUAGGGAUGUAGAAAACAUCCUGACUCCAGAGCUUUGCAGACUUGGGUCCUUCUCCUGACCCUGCCAUUUGUUGGCUGUGCAACCAGGACAAGCUACUUAACCUGUAGCCUCACUGUCCUCCUCUGUGAGGCUGGAAUAAUAAUGUCUACCUUUUCACGUUGUUGUAAUGAUUAGGAAUUAUUCCAUGAAGAGCCUAGUAUGGUUUCUGGCAUGUAGUAGCUGUGAUCCAGUUAAUGGAAACCCUGUGAUAUAAUUACCACCCCCUGCCCACGUGCCAAAACCUAGACACAGCUAUUUCCUCACUUCUGUCUGUGGUUCUCUAAUUUUAUUCAUUCUGUGACCCAAGUAAUUGGUUCAGAAGAAUUGGUUCUUCCCACUUCUCUUUUCCCAGAGACCUUAUGAUCUCUGAAGAAAUGAAAUGAUGAUCUACUGUGAUUCCAGGAAAAGGUUGCAUUUCUUAGCCUCUCUUUUGUCUCUUAAGUUGGUCUUUCUUUUAUUUGGAUUGCUCCCUUUUCUUAUUUCCCCAAAGACCCAUUAGAUGCUUACUGCUUCCUGAGAUCUGAAGUGAUGCUGUGUCCCUUCAUAUGCAUGGAUUUCCUUUGUAACAAUAAGAAAGUGUCAAUAAAAUCGCUAUGGGCAAAUCAAUU